UAAGCAUAUAAUGUGAGAAAAUGGAUUUCGCGAAUCGCAAUAAUACGGCUAACAAGUUUGUCUGUCCCAGUGACAGGCAGCUGGCCUUGCGUGCCAAAUUGAAAGCCGGCUGGAGCAGUUCAAAGACCAAUGAACCCUUGCGGCCCGAGGAGCAGGAGGCCAUAAUAUCCGUGAUAAGGCGCAAUGAGGAGAUCGAGAUUGCGGAGCGGCAACGUGUUGGCCGUUUGGUGGAGCGUGUUGAGAAAAUCAAGUUGCAUGCCGUGGAGCGGGGUCCCAACUGUUGCCGCCUCUGUGGCGACACAUUUGGGCUGUUGCGGCCGCAGCGCAUCAUCUGCGAGGAUUGCCGCAAGUCCGUGUGCACCAAGUGCAGCGUAGACAUCAACAUACGGUAUAACAAUAGCGAGCGGACGCGUGAGAUUUGGCUGUGUCGCAUUUGCUCGGAGACGCGCGAGAUGUGGAAGAAAUCGGGGGCAUGGUUCUUCAAGGGAUUGCCCAACUAUGAUAUGCCGCGCAGUGCCAGUGCCACGCCCACGCCCACAACACACACAGCGGGCGCCAAGGGACAGGCGGCCGGAGUGGUUGGGGGAGCGGCAAGUGUGCGUGCGGUGCAGAGUUGCCACGGCACGCCCACCCGGAGUGGUGCACGCAUCAAGAAGCUGACGAUACGCGUCAACGACAGCAGCAGCAGCAGCAACAGCAGUGGCAGCGGUCACUCCGAGCCCGAGGAUGAGCUGGAUGGCGUUGGGGCAAAGGGUCAAACACCUGCCACACGGCUGCAACGGGAUGAGAGCUUUCGAUUGCGCGCUUACGGCUCCAUACGCAGUUUCAUCGAUGGCGGCGAACGCAAGUUGUCCAAUUCGUUUUUCUUUGGCCGCCAGCAACAUCACCACCACCAACACCAGCAACAGCAACAGCAGCAGCAGCAACAGCAACAACAUCAGUCCACUGACUAUGACAACAUUAGCAUUUCGAAUGUGUCCACUGUGGCGCAUCUGCGACGUGAGAGCAGCUGCUUAAGACGCAGCUCAAUCAGCUCAUCGUGGUCAUUUAGUGACAGCUCCGGUUCCGGCAAUUCGGCCACACAAUCCCAACAAUUGCAGCCUGCACAGCAGCAACAACAACAACAACACUGUCGUGAUCCGCUGUUAGGUUGGCUGGAGAUUGCGAUUAGCUAUCGCGAGAGCUUCCACAGUCUGGACUGCACGAUGGUGCGGGCCAGAGAUUUGCCAGCCAUGGAUGCCGCCGGUUUGGCCGAUCCCUAUUGCAAGCUGAACAUCAUAACGCCCGAGGCACAUACCAAAUAUACACGCUGGCAACGCACCAAAACUGUCCACAAGACCCGCAAUCCGGACUUUAAUGAAACCCUACAGUUUGUCGGCGUUGAGCCCGAUGAGCUCGGCAAUUCCCUGCUUUAUGUGGCUCUCUUCGAUGAUGAUAAAUAUGGCCAUGAUUUUCUGGGUGCCGCAAAGGUUUGCCUAUCCACGGUGCACAGCACAUCGCAGUACCGCAUCUCGGUGCCGCUGGGCGUGGAGGAUCAGUACAGCAACGAGGCGGAGCUUGCACAGAGCUGGCCCAAUGGCAAGAUGCUCAUCUCGUUGUGCUACAAUACGAAACGACGUGCACUGGUUGUCAAUGUGAAGCAGUGCAUCAAUCUGCUGGCCAUGGACAACAAUGGCAGCUCCGAUCCCUUUGUCAAGCUACAACUGAAACCGGAUGCGCACAAAAAUAAGAAGCACAAGACGAGUGUCAAGUGGCGCACUCUGAAUCCCAUCUACAACGAGGAGUUCUAUUUUGAGGCCAGUCCACAUGAUCUAAACAAGGAGAUGCUCAUACUGACCGUGUGGGACAAGGAUCUGGGCAAGAGCAACGACUUCCUUGGCAGCCUACAACUGGGAGCCCAAAGCAAAGGCGAUCGACUGCAGCAAUGGCAGGACUGCAUCCGUCUUCCCGAUCAUUUUCAUGAGAAAUGGCAUUGCCUGGCCCCUGACAAUCCAACGCAUUAGCUCCAAUCCGAUUCCUCCCAGCUUUUAUAUAUAUACAACCUUACACAAUACAUACAUAUACAUAUAUAUAUAUAUUUUUGAUAUGCCUGCAUGCAUGCAUGUAUGUGUGUGUGUGUGUGUGUGUGUUUAUGAGUGUGUGUGCGUGUCUUUUUAGUCUCUCUUUAAUGAAAUCGCUUUGCAUAUCAUUUUGCUCAAAAUAACUUAAUUUCCUAUGUCACACGGUUGCUUCUUCUUACACACACACACACACACACACACUCACACACAGAAGCACUCAAAUUCACACACAUAUACAUAUAUAUUCUGUAUAUAUACAUAGCUUUGUUUAAGUGUCCUUAAAAGGGUUUUUUUUUAUUUUGCACAAAUUUUUUGUCAAAUAUCUCAACUUAAAACUACAAAAAAGUAAUAAA